AUGGCAGUGAGCCUGGGGACCGCUCAUGGAUGGACCGUCAACGACAAUGUUGCUCAGACUCCAGCUCCGGCCACCGCUACCACCACUACUCAACUCGAAGCGCGCGAAGGCCCCGCUCCUAAUCAGUGGCAAGCGGUGAAGGAGGAAAUCCGGGUUCUGUACGAAAAGAAGCCCUUGAGAGAUGUCAGGAGGAUCUUGGAGCAACGACAUGGAUUUCGCGCGACAGAGCGCAUGUAUAAAGCUCGUCUUGCACAGUGGGGGUUCAGCAAAAACUACUCCGACAAGGACUAUCAAAUAUGUGCAGUGUUACACCACGCCCGACAGAAACUCGGUAAGCGAAGAACAGCUUUCAUGAUACAUGGCCACAAAAGGUCUGUAAAGGAUUUGCACAAGUACAUCAAGGGCCGGAAGAUGUCUGAGGAUGCCUUUCUCGCUACUGCGCUCAAGAAUGUCAACCUCGAUAGUGGUGCCGAUGACGAUCAGGCUCAAUACGCCCACGUGCGCGCCUACACUCCACCACCCGGCGGAUCCAACAUUUCAAAGACAGGAAUUGACGGAGAUGAAUCGACAUCUUCACCGGCUCACCUGCAGUCCUAUGGUGCUGGCAAACAGUCAUCUCCACGACAGGACCCCUUGUCGAGACCAGGCUCGGGCUCUUUCUCAAUACGGCGCGAUUCACAAUCUCGAAGGCAGGCAACUUCGCCGGUAUCAGCGCUGAUUUUCCCAAAGUCAACGACACAGCUGACGCCGACUAUGCAGCAACCUCAUAUUCCACUAUUCUCACCGAGUAGGAAUGGUUCUUCUGUCACAUGGCCGUCCCCAUCCAAUCCCCCUCUGUCAACCUCACCACUAGAGGGGUCCUUCACCUCAGCAGUACCGUCUUAUCAAUCUGGCCAGGGUCCUCAACUCGACAGGCACGGUGAUCACAGUAUCCACGGUGGAUCCGCCUACAGCAGUCCAUGUCAACAGCUGGGUAGAGAAGUGGAAUACAUGGCUCUGCAGGUGAUCGAUGCACCGUCACUCAGAUCUCUUUGCGGGCACGACGACAUUUCUUCUUGGCGACUCUUGAGCGAUAGCUCGUCCGAAGCGGGAGAGUACGAACAUAUUUGUAAGGGUUGCUAUGAACCUAGUCGAACGCAUUUUGUCAGUCUGCCAAAUCUCGAGCUACCACAUCAGUCACGCAGCAUAUUGAACGAGGGUACGGCUGGCGGGGAUAGUACGAUCUCUGUCCCUGCGUCUUCUCGUGAUCACCAGCAUUCUUGGAGAUGGGUUGCGCGCUGUUUUGCGGCAUGUAUCUACCUCAGCAGGGGUGACAAGGAGCUCUCAGAACGGAGUUUGGCGGACGCCAGAACCGAAUUUGAGCGAAUGUUGAGGCCAGUCCAGGACCCCAAGGUGGUGCUCGCCUUGAACCAGACGCUCCAGAUCCUUCAUAUGCACGAUCAAGGCGAAAUUACUCAAGAGAUUAUGAAAUCGGCUUACGACGUGGCAACACGUGUACUAGGACCCGACGAUCCAUUGACAAUUGUGACACGCUGGAUGGUAUACGUCGCAGCUUUGCAGAUGCGCAAUCGAGAAGACAUCACGAGCGCGACGCUGCAUGGAGUCUACGGCCAUUAUCUGCGGCUUCACGGCGCCGAGGAUCCGAGGUGCAUAGCUGCAUUAUACUGCUACGGAUACAUGCUUAACGUCGAACGGCGGCUGGAGCAAGCGGAGCAGGUUCUGCGGGACGCCUACACCAUCUCGUGUGCAAACUUGGGUCCGAGACAUCUGCAGAGCUUGUCCGCUCUGACGAACAUGGCCCGGUGUCUGGAGCGUCAGGGCAAACUGGAUCAAGCAAUAGCGAUGGCGGAACGAGUCAUUGACGACUCACGAGACACGUUGGGCCAAACUCAUCCUCGACGGCUUGAGACGAUACGCUUAUUGGGGACUUUUCUCGAGCAGCGAGGAGAGUUGGCCCAAGCAGAAAAACUCUACUGGGAAGUCCUGGAGGGCCGGAUCAAGAUGCUGGGUGUAAAUCACCGGUUCACACUUGGGAUGAAGAUCGAUCUUGAGGAGGUACUGAAGAAAUUGGGCAAGUGGGGCGCCGGUCCGGAAGGACAGAGCGAGGCUCAGACACGGAUCCAGGAUCUAUUCGAAUGGAAUCCCUGGGAGAUAACAACAGAGGAUGCUGGAGGGAGUGACGGGGAUCUAAGCGAUGGCGUGGGGAGCGACCAUGAUGCAUUCUGA